AUGGCAGAGGUUCUUGGGUGGUUCAAUUCAAAGAAGUGGGAAGAAGGGCUUUGGAAAGGUGUUCAAAUUGCAGCAAGAGUGAAUCCUCUAACACACUUGCAAUUUGCAGAUGAUACUUUUUUGGCAGGGGAUGUGUUAGCAAGGGAAGCUCGAGUCAUUAAGGAGACUUUGGAUAUGUAUGAAAAGGCUUCUGGUCAGAAAGUAAAUUGGUCCAAAUCUGAAAUUUUCUUUUUUAACACCAAACCAUGUAAACAGAGGGAGAUUUGCAGAAUUUUAGGCAUGAAAGUGGGGUUUCUUCCAGGUAAAUAUUUAGGAAUUCCUUUUUUCGGGGGUGCAAAUAAGUCUGAUCUGUGGAAAAAUCUGAUUGAUAGCUGCAUAAAUAGAAUGGAUGGGUGGAAAAGCAGGUGGCUUACUUCAAUUGGAAGAAUUUUAAUGUUAAGAUCUAUUGUGUCUGCUAUUCCAAUUUUCUCAAUGAUGAGUUUAAAGAUCCUGAAAAAGGUUAUUAAUGCAAUUCAACAAAGGAUGAAAAAUUAUUUUGGAAUGGAGCAAAUGAUCAUGACAAAAUCCCCUUAUUGGCAUGGGAUAAAAUCUGUCAAGCGAAAAUCAAGGGCGGUGCUAGGUUGA